CAUGUGAGAAAAAAUAAAUAUGUCAAUAAUGUCAAUGUGAUAAUUGGUCAUAAAAUGAAAAUGUUGAUGUUGGAAAUCGACUGAUGAUCGACUGUGGAGUGUGUUAUUUUAUAAUGAUAAUGUGAUUUGUUUUGUUAUAAAAUUUUGUAGUACAGAGUUGAAAAUAAAGAGCAAUUUAUAUGAGCGGUACAGUAGUAAAAACUAUGUCGGGUAGUCGCAGCACUUCAAAAAAUCCGGAAGAUGAUUUUUUGAAGCGGAGUCUUCUCUCAAAUGUUAGUGUGUCUGAAUUGGCUGCAAUAAAAAUAUCAAUUGGAACUUGUAAUAAAGGUGGUAACCAUCAAGAUGGGGUAUCUCUAGAAAGAAGUAUAGAUGAUCCUGGGAAAAUAUGUAGUCAUGUACAUUGCUCUUCAGUUCUAACAAAAAUACCUACACCACCUAUCUUUGGCAAGAAUAUAAAAGUGAACCAGCAUUUUUCCGAUGAGUUUGAAAAUGAUAAAUUUAUGCAGUAUUCUCAAAGAAGUAAAGAAUCUAAAAAGAGAGUAUCAAAGAGUAGAAGCAGAUCAAAAUCUCAUAACCGUAAACAUGGCAGCAGAAGUAGGUCAAAAUCUAUUACCCAUAUACGUAGAAGCAGAAGUAGAAGUAGCAGUACUGAAAAUAUUAGAAAAAGGCGACAUAGAAGUUAUAGUAGCGAUGGGAAGCGAAGUGUAGAAAGAAUGUUGGAAAGAUUUCACCGUUCGAGACGUUCUAGAUCAUCGGAUGGUAAGAAAUCAAUGCCGGAUAGAAGUAUUGAAUAUAUUAGAAAAAGGCAACAUAAAAGUAGUAGUCGUGACCGAAACCGAAGUUUGGAAAGGAGAGAAUCAAGGCGUGCUAGAUAUGAUGAGUAUAUUGGAAACAUGCGACAUAGAGAUAGUAGUUGUGACCGAAACCGAAGUUUGGAAAGUAGAGAAUCAAUGGAAAGGAGAGAAUCAAGACGUGCUAGAUAUGAUGAAUAUAUUGGAAACAUGCGACAUCGUGAUAGUAGUCGUGAUCGAAGACGAAGUUUAGAAAGACGAGAAUGUUGUCGUUCAAGUCAUUCUAGGUCUCCUCCUCGCAGAAAUGUAGAACACAAGGUUGAUUGUCUAUUGUAUAGACAUAAGUCAAGUAGUUCUGAGAGAGAUCCUUCUCCUUUAAGACCAGGAGAAUAUAGGCCAAGCCAUCCCGAUAAAACAUUAAGGUAUAAAGCCUUGAUUGAGGCUUCUCAAGGUGCAAGAACUACUACUUUUACCACUACGUCCCUCAGUAGAGAUCGAUCAGGUAAAUCAGGCAGAGAAAAACAAGAAGUGAAAGCCAAGUUCAUACCAAGAAGUGAAAGAAAAAGAAGCAGAGGCCGGUCUCGUUCUCCAGUCCGUAGAGAUCAAAGGAGUCGCAGCAAGUCACCAAGGAGACCGCCCCAGGGACCAGCUUUAAAUAUGGAAUAUUUUCAAGGAGGAUGGGUUCCUGGUCCAUUGUAUGGGAUGCCAGUGCCUAGAUUUCAAAUUCCAGCUGGCUUUUAUCCAAGAGGAAUUCCUCCUGGGUCAUUUAUGCGACCACCUGGUCCAAGAGGAAUGUUCGCUCCAAGAAUGGAAAUGUCCUUAGGCUUUAAUCCUUAUUUUCGCGCCCCUCGAUUCACAUAUACAAAUUCUACGAGACCGAAUUCAUUGGCAAGUUCAAAAGAAAAAAAUGAAAAUGAUGAAAUGAAAAUGAAGGAAGAAAAUAAAGAAACCAUAAAAAUUGUACAAUUAGAUGAUUAAAAUCUGUAAAAUACUUCUGGUUGUAAAAUACAAAAUAAAUGUAUUACAAAUUAUUUUAUUUCAAAAGCAAAUUAAAAAUAUGACAUUCAU